CCCAUGUCCGGCUACAACGGCCGUCGCGGCCCCAACGUGUCCAGCUACCUCGCUGAACUCAACACCAUCCAUUCGCCAUCUGAUCAAAUAUCCGACCAGCAGAAUCUCGAAGACGAAUUCGCCAUGUUCACCAAUCCAGACUUCGGCGACGCGGACCAAUUCGCGAUUCCGCUCAACUUCAGCUAUGGCGGAGUCAACGAUCAAGACCUGGCCACCCAGACAAACCCCCCGACAGGAAAUCACAGCGCUGCACCUGUAGACUCCAAGCUGGACUUCUCCCUGGCUGGCGACUUCCACUUUGACGCCGGCUUCUCCGGCUUCUCCAAUAACCCCAUCAUCGACACUUCCAUUCCUGACCUGUCAGGAAGCAACUAUCCCGUCGCAGCUACCUACACGUCACCAGUGUCGCCGUCUGCAGUGUCUCCUGCCGUCCCUGGAUUCGAUGCCACCAACGACGAGGCUGCCCGCGUUGCCGCCGAAGAAGACAAGCGUCGCCGAAACACGGCUGCGAGCGCUCGCUUCCGUAUUAAGAAGAAGCAGCGUGAACAGACUCUCGAGAAGACAGCCAAGGAGAUGACGGAUCGCGUUAAUCUUCUCGAGGAUCGCAUCCGCCAGUUGGAGACGGAGAAUGCGUGGCUGAAAGGCCUCAUCACGGAAAAGAAUGGAGGCAAGACAUCCACUUCGGAAAUCAAAGCCAUGCUGAACAAGCACGAGGAAGGCAGAAGUAUUGGCACCAGGACCGACGGCGUUGGCACCAAGGCCUGA